GAAACAGAAGCAAAUUAAGGAGAAUGAACAGAAUUUGUGAAUGAAUAAUAAUAUUGAUUAUAUAAUGUUGGUGAUUAUUAAUAAUAAUAUGAGUUUAGAGUUGGAGUGGGAGUCUCCAACAUCAUCACCUCCUACACCUCCAUCUCCACUUCCCAUUAGUUAUGGAGCAGGAAACAGUAAAUACUCUUUCUCAGCUUCUUCAACUCCUUCGCCGCCUUUCUCCUUGCCUCCUUCAACCCACACAUCUGCUGAAAAUCUCCCCCUUCUACACAAGACAACAUUAAUUGGUAGUCCUAAUGUGCCAUCAGUAUUUUCACUGGAUCGCCAAGAUCAAGAAUUGGAAUCCAAGAGCUCAUGCCUCAAGGACUUGUUGGAAUGGUUUAUACAAAGAUGUUGCAAUUGUUGUAACAAAUUCCCUUCCAUCUUCCUAACACCACCCAACAGCUCCACAACUCAAAGCAAUGGUCAAGAUUGUGUUUCCAUUCAUUUCAACUCCAAAACUUUUUGCACAAACAACAACAUGCACCUCUAUUAGCAUUAAAAUCCCUCAACCAUUUUUAUUUUCACUCUUUUAAUUUGUGGAGAAUCUGGAAUUCGGGUGCAAUUAGCUAACGACGAUGUAAAUACCGACUUUCAUUCAAAUCUCCCUCUCUCGCGCCCACAUUUCAAAAUAUAAGGGUGAUCGUUGAGGUUUGCAGAACUGUGCUAUUGUGUUUUUAAGAUUUGUUGUGCUAUUGUGUUUUUAAGAUUUGUUGUUAUUCUAUAUAAAUAAAUAAUUCGUACAUGUAUUUGUCUCUUUUGUAAGUUUAUGAAAAUAUGUGACAAAACUAUUUGUGCACUGGUGACACUGCACAAUAAAUUUCAACAAGAAUUUCAUAAUCAA